AUGGCUAGCGUCCAAGAGCCUAUUCUCCCGGAAAGCCAUGUGCUGCCCACCGGGCCAGUUGAGACUAUGUCAAAGUCCGCCGAUGCAACUGAGGCGGAAAUGAGUGAAUCUACUGCCACUUUGGUUGAACCCGACUCCACACAACAAUCCAAAGAUUCAACCCAAUCAGAGGUCCCAAUGACCGCCGCAGAAAAGAAGAAGGCCAAGAAGGCAAAGAAGAAGCAGCAAAAGAGACAGGAGAGUAUUAGCUCCAUUGCUGUGGAAGCUGAAAAGACUUCCGAAGAGACUCCCGAGAUUUCUGCCAUUCCUGAGACCAAAACUGCAGAGUCCGCAGAGGAAUCAGCUGUCGAAGCUUCCAAGGAAGUUGAACCUGCCGAGCCAGUGGUUGAGGAAAAAACCGCAAUUGAAUCAACGGAAGAAUCAAAGCCGGCCGAGAAGGCUGUCGACGCUACCGAAGCGCCAGUGCUUGAGGAAAAGCCUACUGAAGCUACCCCCGAGGUUGCUGAGAAGGUCGCCGAGCCCAUCACAGAAGAAUCGAAGACUGUUGAGGCCGUUCCGGAAACUGUCGCAGCGCCCGUCGAAGAAUCCAAGGCCGUGGAAGAGGCUAAGCCUACCACCGAAGAGCCCAAGAUCGCCGAGGCUGUUCCUGAAGUCACCGCAGAGCCCAUAGUCGAGACUCCCGCGGAAGAUAUCAAGACCGUCGAGGCUGCUCAGCCUACCGAGGAGAAGGCCGUCGAAGAAAAGGCCACCGAGGCUGCCCCCGAAGCUGCCGCCGAGCCUGUCGAGAAGCCUGCUGAAGCCGCCGUGGAAGAAUCCAAGGCUGAGGAUAUCGUCGAACCUGUUAAGGAAGAGUCGGAACCCGCCAAGUCCUUUGCUGAAGCCGUCGCUGAGCCGGUCGAGACUCCCGCCGAAGCUGCCGUGGAAGAACCCAAGACCGCCGAGGCCGUUCCUGAAGCUGCCAAGGAAGAAAAGACCACCGAGGUCGUUCCUGAAACCACCGAAGCCGCGAAGGAGACUCCCGCCGAAACCGCUGUGGAAGAAUCGAAGACUGCCGAAGCUGUUCCUGAAAUCGCCCAGGUGGCGCCCGCUGUCGAAGAAUCCAAGGCCGUCGAGGAGGUUGCCAAGCCUGCUGAGGAAGAGUCGGAGCCCAAGUCCUUUGCCGAAGCUGUCGCUGAACCGGUCGAGGAGACUCCGGCCGCUGAAGCUGUCGUGGAAGAAUCUAAGACCGCCGAGGCUGUCCCCGAAGCCGCCAAGGAAGAAAAGACCGAAGCUGCCCCCGAGGCUGUAGCAGAAUCCAAGGCCGAAGAGGCUGUUCCUGAAAUCGCCAAGGAGACUCCCGCCGAAGAAUCCAAGGCUGAGGUUGCCGAGCCAAUCGCCGAGGAGAAGCCCGCCACUGAAGAAAAGAUUGUCGAGGCUGCUCCCGAGGUCGUCGAAGAGCCUGUUAAGGAAACCCCCGCCGUGGAAGAAUCUAAGACUGAGGAGGUUGCCGAGACUCCCGCAGUCGAGGAAUCCAAGGUUGAGGAGACUGCUAAGCCUACCACCGAGGAAAAGCCCGUCACUGAAUCCUCCAAGGAAGAGUCUGAGCCCGCCAAGUCCUUUGCCGAAGCUGUUGCUGAGCCGGUUGUCGAGGACACUCCCGCCGCGAAGGCUGUUGAGGAAUCGAAGCCUGUGGAAGCUGCUUCUGAAACUGUCGCAGAGCCUGUUGUCGAAGAGACUCCGGCUGUGGAAGAAUCUAAGGUUGAGGAGGUCGCCAAGCCUGCCACCGAAGAAAAGGAUGUCGAGGCUGUUUCUGAAGCUCCUGCUGUCGAAGAAUCGAAGACCGCCGAGGUUGCUGAGCCCGCCACUGAGGAAAAGCCUGCCACUGAGGAGAAGGCCGGCACUGAGUCCACCAAGGAGGAGUCAGAGCCCGCCAAGUCCUUUGCUGAAGCCGUCGCCGAACCAGUUGUCGAGGAGACUCCUGCUGCUGAAGCUGCAGUAGAAGAAUCUAAGCCCGUCGAGGCUGCUUCUGAAAUCGUCCAGGAGACACCCGCAGUGGAGGAACCUAAGGCUGAGGAGGCUGCCAAGCCUGCUGCCGAAGAGAAGGUCGAGGCUGUUUCUGAGACCCCCGCAGUCGAGGAAUCUAAGGCCGCCGAGGAAGUUGCUGAGCCUACUGCUGAAGAAAAGGUCGAUGCCGUUGCUGAGACUCCCGACGUCGAGGAAUCCAAGGUUGAGGAGACUGCUAAGCCUUUCACCGAGGAGAAGCCCACUGAAUCUGCCACUGAAGAGUCAGAGCCCACCAAGUCCUUUGCUGAAGCCGUCGCCGAACCAGUUGUCGAGGAGACUCCUGCUGCUGAAGCUGCAGUAGAAGAAUCUAAGCCCGUCGAGGCUGCUUCUGAAAUCGUCCAGGAGACACCCGCAGUGGAGGAACCUAAGGCUGAGGAGGCUGCCAAGCCUGCUGCCGAAGAGAAGGUCGAGGCCGUUUCUGAGACUCCCGCCGUCGAAGAAUCUAAGGUUGAGGAGGCUGCUAAGCCUAGCACCGAGGAAAAGCCCACUGAAUCUGCCACUGAAGAGUCAGAGCCCACCAAGUCCUUUGCCGAAGCUGUUGCUGAACCAGUUGUCGAGGAGACUCCCGCUACUGAAACUGCUGUGGAGGAACCUAAGACUGUCGAGGCUGUUCCUGAAACCGCCAAGGAAACCCCCGCCACCGAAGCAGCUGUCGAGGAGCCAGUGACCGAGAAGGCUGUCCAGGAACCCGCUGUUGAGGCAGAGGCUGUUCCAGAGGUUGCCCCAGAGACAACUGCUGUGGAGCCCACUGUUGAGGUUUCCGAGCCCAAGGAGGAAGCCAUUCCUGAGCCCACUAAGGAGGUGACUCAGGAGGCUCCCGUUGAGCAGCCUGCCACUAAGGAAUUGGCUGCCGAGCCCGUCAAGGAGACUGAGAUUGCCGAGCCUGUUCCCGAGAAGACUGUCGAUGCUGCUAAGGAGUCUGCUGUCGAGGAGCCUGCCAAGGCUGCCGCCGUGGAGACUACCACCACCGAGCCUGCCACCGAAGCAGUCGAAGAGCCUAUCGCCGUGGUCGCCGAGGAGGCUGCUACUGAGAAGGCUGAGGAGCCCACCAAGGCCGAGCCUGUCGAAGAGACCGCCGAGAAGGUCAAGGCAGAGGAACCAGUUGUGGAGGAGCCUGUGGCUGAAACUGCUAAGGACUUGACCCCCGAAGAGUCCCCUGCUGUUCCCGAGGAGGCUGCUGCUGCCGCCGCUGUUCCUGAGGCCACUGAAGCUGCCGCUAUUCCUGAGGCUGCUGCCGCUGCUGCUAUCACUGAGAAGUCUCCUUCUGUCCCUGAGGCUGCCGCCGCUAUCGUCGAGGAAAAUGCCGCUUCUACUGAGUCUGUGCAAGAACCAGUGGAGGAGGCUACCCCCGCCGAAACUGCCAAGGAAGUCGCCGUUGAGCAGCCCGAAGCUAUCAAGGCUGAGGAAGUAACUGAGAAGGCCACCGAAGAGCCGGUCGCUGACAAGGCUGCUCAGGAGCCCGUUGCUGAGACCUCCGCCCCAGAGCCGGCAGCUCAGGACGCUCCUGCUGUUGAGGAGACUCCCGUUGAAGAGCCUGCCAAGGAAGUUGCCGUCGAGGAGCCCAUCAAGGCUUCCACCGAGGCUCCUGCAGUUGAGGUCGAGGAGAAGCAACCCGAGAUUGAGGCUGUUGCUGAGCCGGUUGUCGCUGAACAGAAUGAGACUGCUGCCGCUGUCGAAGAGAAGAUUGUUGAUGAGCCAGCCACUGUGGCAGAGACCGUUGAAGCUGCUGCUACCCCUGAGGUUAAGGCUGAGGCCGUUACUGCCGAGCCAGCUGUUGCUGAAACUCCUGCUGCCGAAGAAAAGACCAUCGACGAGCCUGUUGCUGCUGUCGAGACUGCGGCCGAGUCUACUGCUGAGCCUGUUUCCGAACAGACUCCUGAGGUGGCACCCGUUGUCGAAGAACCCGCUGCUAAGGCACCUGCGACUGAGAAGGUUGAGGAUGUGACUGAGCCAGCCGUUGUCGAGCCCACCGUCCAAGCCGCUGAAGUUGUCGAGGCACCAGUUGUGGAGGAGAAGACUGUCGCAGAGCCUGUGAAGGCUGAGGAGCCCGUUGAAGCUGCUGCCGCUGAGGAGAAGAUCCCCGAGGCCGCUCCAGUGGAGGAAUCUACCAUUAAGGAGCUCGAGCCCGAGACAACCGUGGCCAAGGAAGUUGCUAUUGAGCAGCCUGCCGUCGUUGUUGAAGAGGCCGCCAAGGAGCCAGCAACCGCUGAGCCUGAAGUGCCAGCUGUUGCUGAGGCUGUCGUCGAGAAGCCCGCACAGGAGGAUGUCAAGGUCGAGGACAUCGUCCCAGAACAGUCUGCUCCUGUCGAGGAGACAGUUGUUGCAACCGAGGAACCCUCCAAGGUCGAAACUGCUGAGGCCGAAACCAAGCAGGAGGAGAUCGCUGCUCCCGUUUCUGAGGAAGCUUCUGCCAAGGAUACUGGCAUCAGCACUGAAAUUAUUGGUGCUGGCGUUGCCGCUGCCGCCAUUACCGGUGCCGGCGUGGCCGCUCUUGCUCACAAGGUGUCCGAGACUGUCCCAGAGACCUCGAAAGAUCAGAAGGAUCUCCAAGCUACCGAUGCAGACAAGUCGCCGGUUACUAAGGCUGAGACCCAGCCCCAGGUUUCGGCAGCAGAUGCACAACACACCGACGGUAAGCCAACACCGUUUUAUCUUUCAUCCCAGCCGUCUGCCAUAUCGUUCGAAACUGAUCCCAUUCUCGCAGCUCUCGCUGGCGACCACGAAGCCCUCCUUAGCAAGCUCAACCAACCCUCCACAGACCAGCUGUCCACGACCACCCAGAAACCGUCUGCCCCGACAGUCGAGAGUGCCGCCGAGUCCGAGCCUGUCGCCAAGUCCCAGCCUGCCGCCGAGGCCAGCAAGGGAACCGCCGAAGCCGAACCCGCUGCCAAGCCUGCUGCCGAUGAUACUCUUGCACCCAAGAAUAAUGAUGAAGAUGCUCGUCCAGCGAGCAGCCAGAAUCGGUCAGUGACUGCUGUUUCUCUAAAUGGUGCACCUGACAGCUGGCUCAAAGCGAUCCUGCGCACUGUCUUUGUGAACUUCUUUGGGGCAAUCUUUUCACCUUUCCGCCGUGGAAAGUCCUCAAAUUAG